ACAAAUUCGACAUGAGGGCUCUUGUCCUAUUAGCAGUGGUUGCCGGCAUCGCGGCCGCAGACCUUCCUUCCACCAGCUACGGCGUCCCCAACGGAGCCUCGGGUAACGGAUUCGGAGCCUCGGGUAACGGGUUCGGACCCUCGGGUAACGGAUUCGGAGCCUCGGGUAACGGAUUCGUAGCCUCGGGUAACGGAUUCGUAGCCUCGGGUAACGGAUUUGGAACCUCGGGUAACGGAUUCGGAGCCUCGGGUAACGGAUUUGGAGCCUCGGGUAACGGAUUCGGAGCCUCGGGUAACGGAUUCGGAGCCUCGGGUAACGGAUUUGGAGCCUCGGGUAACGGGUUUGGAGCCUCGGGUAACGGGUUCGGAGCCUCGGGUUACGGAUUUGGAGCCUCGGGUAACGGAUUUGGAGCCUCGGGUAACAGAUUUGGAGCCUCGGGUAAUGGAUUCGGAGCCUCGGGUAACGGGUUCGGAGGAUCAAGCAACGGCCAAGGCUACGGACAGGACGAAGAAGUAGCGGCUCUGUCCGAGAGCAUUCCCGGGGGCGGCGUCCCCGGCGAGGACUACCCCAUCUUGGCUUCCGUGCCCGACACCGGCUUCUCGUGCGAUGCCCAGGCGGUGCAAGGUUAUUACGCCGACACUGCAGCUGAAGCCGGCUGCCAGGUGUUCCAUAUCUGCCAGGACCGCGCCCUCAGGCGCCAACAGGACUCGUUCCUGUGCCCCAACGGUACCAUCUUCAACCAGCAGUACCUGGUAUGUGACUGGUGGUUCAACGUGGACUGUUCUCAAGCUGAGAGCUUCUACUCCGUCAACGAACUCAUCGGAGUCGUUCCCGACGCCGGAUACGCCUAUGGCGCGGCCGUUAAUGGCAACGGCAACGGUCUUAACGGCAGAAGGAAUGGAAACGGAGCCAACGGUAGGGGAAGCAACGGUAAUGGAAGCAACGGUUACGGCACUAAUGGUAAUGGAAUCAACGGCAACGGUAGCGGUAGUGGCUCCAGCGGUAACGGCGUUAAUGGCAACGGAAGCAACGGCAGUGGAAACGGCUCUCCCGUUGCUCCUUCCACCUCCUACGGCGCCCCCUUCUGAUCUGUCCGGCACUCAGCCCUUCCCUUCUAAUCGUCCCAAAUAAGCAAAUAUUUAUAUACAAUUUACAAUAAAUUCGUAGAAGUAAU